AGGGAGUUUCCACAAAACAGGAGGAGGCAAGUCGCACUGAUCCCAGAGUGGGGAAAGCCGGGUUGGUAUGCUGUGUCUUCUGCAAUGAGGGACAAUGUGGGAAGAUGGCUUGAGAGAGUACCUGGAGCAGUCCAGGAUAUCAAACACCACCCAUGCAGGAACAAGUGACAAACAGACUUAAAGGAUGGAGCAGGAAGUGGCGAGAGAGGAGGAAGAGAGAAAAGAAGGCUUGAUCGAGUUUUAUGAUUCCUUCAAGGAUAUGUUUGAGUUCUUCUGCAAGAACACCACAAUCCACGGCACCAUCCGCCUCGUGUGCUCGGACAGCAACAAGAUGAAAACAGCUUUUUGGACUCUGCUUUUACUCGCCAGCUUCGGCAUGUUGUACUGGCAAUUUGCACUUAUGUUCAGCCAGUACUGGGCCUACCCAGUUGUCCUGACCAUGUCCAUGCAUUCAGAGCCCAAGAUGUUUCCAGCAAUCACUAUCUGCAAUCUGGACCCAUACAGAUUUGAACUGGUCAGUGAACACUUGGUUCAGCUGGAUCGCAUGGCAGAGGAAUCUAUUGCUUUUCUAUAUGGCAUCAACACAACAGCCAGCAUGUUCCGCAUGAAUGAGAAAAACAUCCGCAUGAGAGACUUGUCAAGCACAGGCAACCUCAGCAGAUCCAGCUUCAAACUGAGCCAAAACUUCUCACUACUGAGAACAUCUGAGCUCAACAAUAAGACAGGAAAGAGGCAGUCCCAUGUGGGCUUCAGGCUGUGCAAUGCCACAGGUGGGAACUGCUUUUACAAGGCCUACUCAUCUGGGAUGGAUGCAAUUCUUGAAUGGUACAGGUUUCACUACAUCAAUAUCAUGUCCCAGCUGCCGGUUAUAAUCAACAUCUCUGAUCACGAGGAACAAAUAGAAGAUAUGGUCUACUCCUGCCAGUAUGAUGGGGAGCCCUGCAGGCCCAGUGACUAUGUUCACUUUCACCACCCAGUCUUUGGAAGCUGCUAUACUUUUAACAGCAAGGGAACGGACUCCUUUUGGACAGCAACAAAACCAGGAAUUCCUUAUGGACUUUCCCUUAUCCUGAGAGCAGAGCAGAAGGAUCACAUCCCACUCCUGUCUACAGUAGCAGGUGUGAAAGUGAUGAUACACAACCACAAUCAGACACCAUUCCUUGAGCACGAAGGCUUUGACAUCAGACCGGGCAUUGCAACCAUCAUAGGCAUUCAGCAGGAUGAGGUGAAUCGCCUGGGUGGCAAUUAUGGGAAAUGCACGACUGAUGGCAGUGAUGUGAAUGUUAAACUCCUGUACAACAACUCCUACACCCUGCAGGCUUGUCUGCAUUCCUGCUUUCAGCACAUAAUGGUUCGAAAAUGUGGCUGUGGCUAUUACUACUACCCACUGCCUCCUGGUGCUGAGUACUGUAACUACAACAAGCAACCUGCGUGGGGUCACUGCUUUUACCAGCUUUACAACAGGCUCAGAAAUCAUCACCUGAAUUGUUUUGACCAGUGCCCCAAGCCUUGCCGGGAAUCACUGUACAAGGUGUCUGCUGGGACAGCUAAAUGGCCAUCAGCAAAGUCUCAGGACUGGGUCCGCCAAGCUCUAAGGCAUCAGAAUGGAUAUAACUCUACUAGCAACAGGAAGGACAUCGCCAAGGUGACAAUCUUCUACAAGCAUCUCUACUAUCAGUCUGUGAACGAGUCUCCUUUACUCUCAGAUAAUUUGCUUCUGUCCAGCAUGGGAAGCCAAUGGAGUCUCUGGUUUGGAUCCUCAGUGUUGUCUGUAGUGGAAAUGUUUGAGCUGCUCAUAGAUACACUGGUCUUGUCUCUCCUCUUCUGCUACCAGAGGGUCAGGUCAAGGAAGACGUUAGAAGUAGCUCGCACUCCUUCCAUCCCUAACAUGAGCUUGACCCUAGAAAACUACCGUGUUGUGCAAGAAGAAGCUGGAAAAGGGGCUGAUUCUGCUCAUACUCACCCUUCUGGAGUGACUAUUGCCAUGGACAGCAACAGUGACCUGCAUCUUCACCCACUCUCCAGCAAGGUGGAAAUGCCAGAGAGCCACCCAGAUGUGGUGCUUAAUGGAUUUAGAUAUAUGAAGGACAGCUCUUUGGAAACGGAGCUAAAUCACUAAGGCUUGUGUGCCCAGAGGAGUGGGAGACGUGGAGCUCCCCCAGUGCUCGGGUGUCAUCAGAAAGGCUGCAAACAGAAAUGCUCUGGAUCCACCAUCUGUGAGCACCUAAACACCACACUGGGAGCUUAGGAAUCCUCCAGCUGCUACGGGUUCGUUAUUAAACCAUCCCUGUGUCCUGGAUACGGGCAUCAUGCGAUGUUCUUUUGUUCUUAAUACUAUCUGGAGAGGGGAGAACUCUACUUCUGCUCUCUGGGCAGUCAUCCUGUCCUCGUAAAAGCCUGUUCAUAGCUUCUAACUUUUAAACCCUUAUGAGGAAAUCAGCCUGUGGCAUUAGACAGGCCCAUCUGCAUUUCACAAAUAUACUCAAGAGAAAAGUCAGCCUGCCUUCUAAUGGAGAGAUUUCCAGUGGAGGCAAAUGAAUGUGCACUCCUAUCAGCCAGCAGUGCCUUGAGGAUGGCAGAGGAUGCAGUAAAAAGAGCCUGCUCUGAUCACAGCUUUGCAUUCAAGACACCUCUAUCCUUGUCCUACUGCUGUUGCAUCUUGAGCACCAUGCACAGAAUGCUUUUAGACUGAGCCCAGAUUAUUUCAAGCGAGACUCACUGUCUUAGAGGAGAGGAAUUAGAAGAAACGGGGUCGAUGACUUUUCUGUCACAGAAGAAGCAUCUGAAUUAUUUAGAAGAUCAAAACAAUGCUGCAUUUUUACUGCAGCCAAUUUAUAAACAGAGCUGUUUUAAUGUUAAUAUUUGACAGUAACUUAUGUGUACAUAAAAUAACAUAUUUAUUUUUGAUGAUGACAUUUGCACAGAAGCGUUUUAGUCUGUUAUAAUCUUGUUGUGACUUUCUGCAGAAGACAAUAAUUGACAAGAAAUCAACGAGCUUUGUUUUGUAACCUUUUUUUUUACAUAAUAAAGUGUUCUGAAUACAAACCA